AUGGUGUGCACCCAGUGCACCCUGCUUGUGAUUCUGUCUGUGCUGCAGCUGCGUGUUGUUGCACGGAGCAUAUUAGACGUGCCGUGGGAGGCUCGCCGCACAAACAUCGUGCGAGUUACCCGUCAGGAGUGUGACGAGUGUUCUACUCUGGAUGAUCUGUACAGGGACAACCAUCUCGUGUUUCUGUUGUUCCACGAGCGAAACCUCGUGUCGCACCAUGCCUACAAGGGAGCUAUUGUCGCGGGUUUCCAUGAGGUGUGCAAGGAUCUGCGUUGGUCAAAGGUGACUUGUGGCAUAGUGGACAUGCUCGAGGACAGGACAUAUGCCGAGAAGUAUAUUGAUCCAAAGACGGCUCCGGCUCAUAUUGCCGUGCAGGGCGGGGAACCGGUGCCCUCAAAGAAAGAGUGGAUCCAGAAACUCUUGGCCAAACCUGGCGACAAGGGCACCAUGCUGUGGCACUUGAAGCAGCAACUGGUGCCUGACGAGUUGGGAGAAGCCCUGCAGAUUUCCAUGGAGAUCUCGAGACUGGACCUUUUGGAGCCCUUAGCCAACAAGCACGAGGUCCUCCUGGUUGCCAACUUGGCAGCUGAGGGAGGAGCCUCGCGGGCUUCGGUUGAGUCGUUCCGUGCCUUCGCCCAGCAGCUGCUGCUGCUCGGAAAAGUUCCUGCUCAAGUUCCUGUCAGCCAAAAGGCAGGCGCUUCAAAGAAAGCAGGUAAAAAGCAGCAGCAGCUGCGUCAGAGGGCGCGACUUUUCUUUGCUGUCCUGACGCGAGAUUCACCGUCGGUGUCUGUACCUCGUGGUCAGAUCGCCGCUUUCGUUCGCGGCCAGAGCCAGCCUGCGCGGCCGCUGAAGGCGCGCCGGUCGGAAAUGGGGGCGAUGUUGUUCUCGCAGCCAUCAGUGCCAUACCCGCUGGAAAGGUGCAGUCAGAACGAGUUUCUGAUCUCUGACGGGCCCAGCGCUGUGCCCGCCAGUUGUGCUAUGUUAGGUCUUUCUGGUACUGGCGUGAUGACAACCUUCUCUGACGCUGCGCAGAGCGUUCCAGACAUGCUCUCCUUUCUCUUCACCGCUUUCCUGCAGAGCAUCGAUUAUCCAGGCCCCGUCUGCAAAUGGAGGCUGGGCGACCCCUCUUCAAGUGCCAAGGAGGCACAGGGUAAAUCGGUGGACGAACUGCACGUUACGAUAUUUUUCGCCACUCCGCCUAUGUGGAACCGAGGUGGCUCCACUUCCAAGGAGACGGAGCAGCAAAGCCUGUUGGGAGCCGUGGCAGGCAUCUAUGCGGAGCUUUUGAAGGGCGCAGAGUGUGGGGUCCCAGAGUCGGUGACCUACGACAGGUCAGCAGAAAUCGACUUGUCUCACGAGUUCCCACCAGAGCAGAGGGAGGCACAGGUUGAUCCAGAGGCAGCGUUUCACCGCCCACUGCGCGUUUGUUUUGCAGAGACAGCGUCAAUUCAGGCAGGGAUGCAAUUGACUGCUCGAAGUGUCAUGCUUGGAAUUUCAGGUGGCCACCUGAGCCGCCGAAGGAGCGGCGCAGCAGGCCUUGGUGGAGACAUCUGGUGGCGAUGGAGUGCUCCAGAUGCUUCAGGUUCUUGCCUAGGAGGGUGA